AGAAGAGAAAGAAGGGAAGAAAAGUGAAGGACGGAGAGAGGCCGCCGAGCACCCUCUCUGCCGGGCAGCGGGAGUCGCCCAGACAGCAGCCUCUCUGCGACAGAGCCGCAGCCUGCCUGGAAGAUGAGGAGAUCGUGCGGCGGUCGAUCGGCAGCCCUGCUGCUGGCCUUGCUGCUUCAGGCCUCCAUGGAAGUGCGUGGCUGGUGCCUGGAGAGCAGCCAGUGUCAGGACCUCACCACGGAAAGUAACCUGCUGGCCUGCAUCCGGGCCUGCAAGCCCGACCUCUCGGCCGAGACGCCCGUGUUCCCCGGCAACGGCGACGAGCAGCCGCUGACCGAGAACCCGCGGAAGUACGUCAUGGGCCACUUCCGCUGGGACCGCUUCGGCCGCCGAAACGGCAGCAGUGGCGGCGGCGCGGGCCAGAAGCGCGAGGAGGAGGCGGCGGCGCCGGGCGACGGCGGCGGCGGCCCCGGGCUCCGCGGCGAUGGCGCCGAGGCGGGCCUGCGUGAGGGCAAGCGCUCCUACUCCAUGGAGCACUUCCGCUGGGGCAAGCCGGUGGGCAAGAAGCGGCGCCCGGUGAAGGUGUACCCCAACGGCGCCGAGGACGAGUCGGCCGAGGCCUUCCCCCUGGAAUUCAAGAGGGAACUGGCCGGGGAGCGGCCCGAGCCGGCGCUCAGCCCCGAGGACGCGGCGGCCCGCGCCGACCGGGAGCACCGCCUGGCCGCGGCGUCGGAGGCCGAGGCGGUGGCGAAGGACGAGGGGCCCUAUAAGAUGGAGCACUUCCGCUGGGGCAGCCCGCCCAAGGACAAGCGCUACGGGGGCUUCAUGACCUCCGAGAAGAGCCAGACGCCCCUGGUGACGCUGUUCAAAAACGCCAUCAUCAGGAACGCCCACAAGAAGGGCCAGUGAGGGACCAGGGUCUCCUCUCCCCGGGGACGUCGACCCUCAAGCCCCCUCGCCUCGCCUGCCUGCCGCCUCCCGGCUUGGGUGUGCUGCUCGCUCGGGGUGGGGGCGGCGGAGAGGCAGCCCGUGAACAGCUGUCUGUUGUUAGGAAAUAAAACCUUUCACGUUUCA